CAAACCUUUCACAUGACACACUGGGUCAACCCACGUGACACUUUUAGUCUCUGGUUUUGGAGACUAUGUUUUGUUAACCUUAAGAGAUUUUUUUCCAGCUUGAAUGGAUUUUCCAGAUAGUAACAGGUGACGUUGUUUACUUAAUCGUCAGAGGAUUGUUUAGCGAAAAGGAAAAAGAAGGAUUUUAUACAACCGGUUAUUAUUGGUGAGAUGGCUGGAGCUGGAAAAACGGCGGCUGUACCUCCCUCCGUGGUUCACGACAGAAGCAAUUUCCUCGGCGCCAGGAUCCCCACAGAGGUGGAUGCCUUGCCCAAACAUCUUCAAGAUCUGGAUAAAGAAGCGUUCAGAAAACUUUUGAGGGCUGUAGUAAAAGCUCUGGAAGGAGAGGACAGCCGAGAAUCUGUUAGAAAAAUUGCAGAAAGUGGAGUGGUGCCUGAAGAAAGGAUGAGCUACAUUAUUGCCGGAAUGUACACUUUAUUGAAGGAGGCAUUAAGGCUUCCACUGUCAUCUCUUAAACAAGAGGUAUUUAAAGAGGACUUGAGGGAUCUAAGGAUACCAGAAGAAUUUAUUUUGGAUUUUGCCAGUGUAGUGUUUGGAAGCAGGCGUGCUGAACUUGAGGCUGCUGCUGCACUGGAAAGGCCUCAGCUACCAAGCAUUGUUGAUUUUAAGUGGAGAGUUGAUGUGACAAUUUCAACAAGCUCCCUAGCACGUGCUUUGCAGCCUUCAAUACUUAUGCAGAUGAAGUUGUCUGAUGGAACUGCUUAUCGAUUUGAGGUGCCAGUUUCGAAGUUCCAGGAGCUCCGUUACAAUGUAGCACUUAUUUUAAAAGAGAUGAAUGAUUUAGAGAAGCGAAGUGUUCUGAAAAUACAAGACUAAUGGGUGUUUUUUUUUAUUUUUAUAUUUUACAUGAAGAUUUGGAGUUUUCCUGUAAAUAAGACAAAAUUCUGUACAUAACCUUGUUUUCACUUAAGAUAAAUGAUUUUUCAGCAGCUUUAAGUAUUAAAGAAUAAAAUAACUUAAUCAUGUUCACUAAUUUUUUUUCUGUUUCUCAUGUACAAUGAGCAUUAAUGUUACUAGAUUGUGAAUUGUUCUAGUCCAUUUUUGCUUCAUUUCAGGCCUUCUUGGUUAUAAUUUUGAGUGAGUAAUUACUUUUGGCUCUUCACUGGCAAUUGCUAGAUUAUUAUAUUUUAAAUGUUUUAGCCAUGUUUAACCCAGCAAGUACAGCUAAUGUAUUCUGUGUAAAAUAUAGCAGUGUGCUUACCAACAUCUAGAGAUAAGAAAGAAUAUCCAGUCAUUUUAACAGAAAAUGAAAUGGUCAAUAUACUGUAUUGUACACCUUGUUAACAAAAGUGGAAAACA